CACAGUCACCAUGAAGCUGGGCUCUGUCCUCAUGGCUGGGGUCCUCUACUUUUCUCCUACGAUGCUCUGGACAGUCCAGAUGCUGCUGGCUGGAUAUCAUGCUGCUGCCGGUUUUGAGAUGCUGCAAUGUGAAGGACCGGUCAGGACCCAGGACAGCAGCUGCGAUACCCAGGAGGACUCGACGGACCCAAGGGAAGUUGACUUCCAGGUCAAGGGCUACACUUUCAGUAAACCCUUCCAUCUGAUUGUGUCUUACGACUGGGUGAUCCUCCAAGGUCCAGUCAGCCCUAUAUUUGAAGGAGACCCACUGAUUCUACGCUGCCAGGCCUGGCAAGACUGGCCACUGACCCAGGUGACCUUCUACCGAGAUGGCUCAGCAAUGGGUCCCCCUGGACCUAAUAGGGAAUUCUCCAUUGCUGUGGUGCGACAGGCUGACAGCGGGCACUAUCACUGCAGUGGUAUCUUCAGGAGCCCUGGUCCCGGGAGCCCAGAAACAGCAUCUCCCGUGGCUAUCAAGGUCCAAGAACUGUUUCCAGCCCCACUUCUCAGAGCCACCCCCUCAGCUGAGCCCAAAGAGGGGGACCCAGUGACCCUGAGCUGUCAGACAAAGCUGCCCCUGCAGAGGUCAACCGCCCGCCUCUUCUUCUCCUUCUACAAGGACAGCAGGACAGUGCGUGGCAGGGGCCUCUCCCCAGAAUUCCAGAUCCCCACAGCUUCAGAGGCACACUCUGGGUCCUACUGGUGUGAAGCAGUCACUGAGGACAACCAAGUUUGGAAACAGAGCUCCAAGCUGGAGAUCCGGGUGCAGGGUCCCUCCAGCUCUACUGCAUCCCCCACCUUGAAUCCAGCUCCUCAGAAAUUAGCUGUUCCAGAAUCUACUCCAACAGCCUCUCCUGGACUUCAGCCUCCACUGUCCACCCCUUCUAAGGAUCCAGGCUUCUCCUCUCCUCUGCAGGUGCCAGACCCCCAUCUGUAUCACCAGAUGGGCAUUCUUCUCAAACAAAUGCAGGAUAUAAGAGCUCUCCUUGGUCACCUAGUCAUGGAGCUGAGGGACUUAUCUGCCCUCCUGAAGCUUGAGACCACAAAGCGUUCUGCCAAGUAUGAGUAA